CCCUUCCCCCGCCCGCCCCGUCAGGAGAGCCGGGCCCAUGACGUCACCGGAUCAGGCCGACCGGCAAUGGGCGCCAUUUUGAAACCCCGAAACCUCCCGCGGCGGCAGCUCCGAGCGGCGGCGGCUGCGACCCGUUCCCGGCCGGCGCGUCCCCCCGCGGGCCCACGCCCCAGCGGUACCGGGCGAUAUGGCAGGGGUGUCAGGAGGUGGCGGCGGAGGCAGCAACGACUUCCAGUGGUGCUUCUCGCAGGUGAAGGGGGCGAUCGACGAGGACGUGGCGGAAGCUGAUAUUAUUUCAACAGUUGAAUUUAAUUACUCUGGUGAUCUUCUUGCAACAGGAGACAAAGGUGGCAGAGUGGUUAUAUUUCAAAGGGAACAAGAGAAUAAGAGCCGUCCUCAUUCUAGGGGAGAAUACAAUGUUUACAGUACCUUCCAGAGUCAUGAACCUGAGUUUGACUACUUGAAAAGUCUAGAAAUUGAGGAGAAAAUUAAUAAAAUUAGGUGGUUACCACAACAGAACGCUGCUCACUUCCUGCUCUCUACAAAUGAUAAAACUAUUAAAUUAUGGAAAAUAAGUGAAAGGGAUAAAAGAGCCGAAGGUUAUAACUUAAAAGAUGAAGAUGGAAGACUUAGGGAUCCUUUCAGAAUCACAGCACUACGGGUGCCAAUAUUGAAACCCAUGGACCUAAUGGUAGAAGCAAGUCCCAGAAGGAUAUUUGCAAAUGCACAUACUUAUCACAUAAACUCAAUUUCAGUAAAUAGUGAUCACGAAACAUAUCUUUCUGCAGAUGACCUAAGAAUUAACCUGUGGCAUUUAGAAAUCACAGAUAGGAGUUUUAAUAUUGUAGAUAUCAAGCCUGCGAACAUGGAGGAGCUGACAGAAGUGAUCACGGCGGCCGAGUUCCACCCGCACCACUGCAACGUGUUCGUGUACAGCAGCAGCAAGGGCACCAUCCGGCUGUGCGACAUGCGCUCCUCGGCGCUCUGCGACCGCCACUCCAAAUUUUUCGAAGAACCUGAAGAUCCUAGCAGCAGAUCAUUUUUUUCAGAAAUAAUAUCAUCGAUAUCUGAUGUAAAGUUCAGUCACAGCGGUCGAUACAUGAUGACAAGAGACUACCUUUCUGUCAAGGUCUGGGACCUCAACAUGGAGAACAGGCCUGUAGAGACAUAUCAAGUUCACGAAUAUCUUCGAAGCAAACUUUGUUCUCUCUACGAAAAUGACUGCAUCUUUGACAAGUUUGAAUGCUGCUGGAACGGUUCUGAUAGCGCUAUCAUGACUGGAUCUUACAACAAUUUCUUUAGAAUGUUCGACCGAAACACGCGGCGGGAUAUCACUCUGGAAGCGUCCAGGGAGAGCAGCAAACCUCGUGCCAUCCUGAAGCCGCGCAAGGUGUGUACGGGGGGCAAGAGGAAGAAGGAUGAAAUAAGCGUUGACAGUCUGGACUUCAACAAGAAGAUUCUCCAUACAGCAUGGCAUCCCAUGGAGAACAUCAUUGCCGUAGCUGCCACCAAUAACUUGUAUAUAUUCCAGGACAAAAUUAACUAAAGAUGCCUGACUUGAGGACCGAGUCGUCGUCUCGCAUAGUUGAGCUGAGUUGUUUGUCUGUAAAAGAGAAGGCCUGUUGUCCCAGCAGUCGGAUCGUUGGUGCCGUGGCUGCCCCGGGCCUGGCGCUGGCUCUGCCGGGGGGCAGCGUGUGUGCCGCGCUCGGCCACCCCCGAGCAGAGCCCACGGACAGCGCUCAGCGAGGCCAGUCGCCAGACACCUGUAUUUAUUGAAGUCUGAGCCUUCCUUUCCAGUUUAUAGACCAAAAAGUUAACACCCGAGAAGAAAAAUUGUCAUAAAAAUGUAAUUUCUAUCUCUCGCGCUCUUUCUCUGCUGUAAUAUUUGGGCCUUUCAAACAUAUAUUGUGCUUAAUGCCUGUAAACAUUCCUCCUCUGGCCUGUAUCUAGGCUUAGGUGUUUUUACCUUUGAGCACUUAGGUAGGUCUUGAGUUGGGUUCGUAGACAGGUUUCCAUGGAUAUUUACUCACCAACUGUAUCUAUAACCACACCUUCUGGUGUAAACCACUUAAUAAAAUAACAAGCUAUAAAAAGUGUUUUUAAAUCUGAAGGUAUGUAUUCAGUCUUUUUAUUUUUUUAUGCAUGUACUGAGGUAGUGCAAACCAACUCUGAUGGGCAGAUUGGACAAUGUUUGCCCCAAAACACUGAGGAUUGUUUUUUUGAUGGACUAAUACGAACUUUUUUGUGUAGUAUUUCAAAUUCUAAAUUUAGAGUUUGCAUUCGAUUGUCCUUUAGUUUGAGUUGCACUGGUUUUGUUGUAAAAUGCUGUGUGUCCCAGGUCGACGGAACAGGUUAGCGCAGAGCCAUCCGCAGCCUUAACAGAAGUGACCGCCUUGCGCCGAGGGGAAAACGGUUUGUUGAGAAAUCCGGUUUAUCUGAUGCCUCUCAAUGUUAGAUAGACAUACCUUAUGUGCAUUACGUUUUUUAACCUUUUUAGUAUUUGUCAUGAAGAUAUAGUUUAUUUUAAAUAUCUGACAUAAUAUAUUGUAUUUCACGCUGCGGUUCCAGCCAGCAAAGUGUCGGUUCCGCCGGGCAGCAGCGCAGCCGAGCUCGUUUUGUCGCCUCCGGCUCUGAGACGUGGGGUCGCUGCCUUGGGACUCCGCUUUGGUUUAAGCCUUGGGUACCUUGUUUUCCUUUUCUUUUCCCCAAAAGAGGCCUGAGAUCCUCGGGCCGUCUGCUGGCCCCGGCCCGGCUGCCGGACUUGGGAGGCUGCUGCAGCACGGUUGGCCGUUAGGGAGUAGCUGGGCCUUCCUCUGAAAUGUGCCUGCGAACAGGGGGCUCUGGUGGAAAACGAGAUCCCGGGGCUCCCCGGGGGAGGCGGAGCCGCUCUGGGAACGAGGGGCUGUUGUGCGCAGCCGCGAGCCGCGGCGGGGACGGCGGGCUGCACUGCUCGUGCUGUGCCUUGCUGUGACGCUGUCGGAAAGUCUGGAACUGUGGAACUCCCGGGUCACUGAAGCGUUAAUUUGACCUCGUUCCUGAACUACGUACUAGAGCUAAUACGGUGGGAUUGUACAUACUUGUUCAAUUAUUUUGACCAAAAAGUUUAAUAAAUUUUAAAUGUUUACCUGGA